AGGUGUGAUGAUGUCACAGAAGCUAGUGACAUCACCGAGUUCUGAGCCUUAGAAAACCACUGCCUGACAUUAUCUCAGCCAGAUUUUCUCUGGAUAUAGAGAGAGACAGAUCGGCUUGUGCUUUUGCUUAGCAAAUCCUUGCUUUCGCUUAGCGAAUAAUUGACUUUGCGCCAUGGAGAUCCGGGGUUUGGCAUUCUUGCUUUUCCUCUGGGUCAUAUGGACGCUAUCGGGCCUCUGUGCCCUGAUUGCCUUGACUGUCAUCCCAGGCCAUGUAAAAUAUCCUUACAUCAGUGACACGGGACGAGCAUUCCCCGAAUCGGUGGUCUUUACAGUGGUCUUCUUAAUAUCUGCCAUUCUAGGAGCUGGCAACGCUUCCAUCAUGUACCGGUUCAUGAUCAUCCGGUCUGAACAAUCAGAGAGGCGACAUAUCAUCUGCUAG